GGGAUGUGGUAAUCACGAAGACACAAUAUUUAAAGCGCUCGCUGAAUAGCAAAAGUAGUGAAGUAUAAUGAAUGAGUGCAGUAUCCAUUGAACAAAUAUGCUGUCUAGAAGUAUUCUCAAAUGGUUAGUACUGCUACUAACCCUAGCAACUGUUACCAGGAGUGAGCACUAUUACAUUGUGCCAGCGAAUUCAACUGACUUGUAUCAUGAGUAUCGAAAUGGAAUUUGUUUCACUCUCGAGCAGCUUGUUAAAACAGACCUGUUAUCUGGUGGAGACAAUCUCACCUUGAGCUUUCUACCUGGAUAUCAUGUGUUAACUGAGCAGUUAUUGAUUAGUAACUUCUCACAUGUGCAAAUCACCGGCCAGAAUACAAGUACAACUGUAGUUGGAUUUCAUAGCAAUUGUACAAUACUUUUUUUUAGUAUUACAAUGUUAAAUAUUGAACGCUUGGGUUUUAUUGGAGCAAAUGUUGGAUCACAAAACUCACAUCAAGGUUUGAUUAUUGACGGUACCAAUGAUGUGUAUAUCAAAGACUGUUAUUUUUUGGACUGUGUAUUAUUCAAUCAAGCAGAAAUUCACAUAGUUAAGAUCGCUAGUACUCUAACUGUAAUGAUUGAGAGCACUCUCUUUGUGAACAACACUGGUCAGACACUGCACAUUGAGGCUGAUGAGGUGUACAUAACAAAUAGUGUGUUCACUAGAAAUGAUGGAGGUGUUUAUAUUGAAUCAAACAACGUACUGAUCGACAACACAAAGUUCAACUACAACAGUGCUGAGAGUGGAGGAGCAGUAGACUUGAUAUCUGAUACUGUAAUGAUUACUUGGUGUAACUUCACAAAUAACAAAGCUUCUCUGCACGGUGGAGCGAUUCAUGUUGACUCAGGUAGUGUGUCCAUCUCCAACAGUGGGCUUACAAACAACAGAGCUGACGGGAAAGGUGGAGCGAUUGAUGUUAACUCAGGUAAUGUGUCCAUCUCCAACAGUGAGCUGACGAACAACAGGGCUGACUAUGGUGGAGCGAUUCGUGUUGACUCAGGUAAUGUGUCCAUCUUCAACAGUGAACUGACAAACAACAGAGCUGACCAUUGGGGUGGAGCGAUUUUUGUUGACUCAGGUCGUGUGUCCAUCUCCAACAGUGAGCUGACAAACAACAGAGCUGAAUACGGUGGAGCAAUUGAUGUUGAGUCAGGUAAUGUGUCCAUCUACAACAGUGAGCUGACCAACAACAGAGCUGACAAGAGAGGGGUGAUUUAUGUUCGCUCAGGUAGUAGUGUGUCCAUCUCCAACAGUGAGCUUACAAACAACAGUGCUGACUCUGGUGGAGCGAUUGGUGUUAACUCAGGUAAUGUGUACAUCUCCAGCAGUGAGCUGAUAAACAACAGUGCUGACUGGGGUGGAGCGAUAUAUGUCAUCUCAGGUAGUGUGUCCAUCUCCAACUGUGAGCUGACAAACAACAGUGCUGACUCUGCAGGUGGAGCGAUUGGUGUUAUCUCAGGUAAUGUGUCCAUCUCCAACAGUGAGCUGACAAACAACAGUGCUGACUGGAGUGGAGCGAUUUAUGUCAUCUCAGGUAGUGUGUCCAUCUCCAACUGUGAGCUGACAAACAACAGUGCUGACCAUGGAGGGAUUUACAUUGCUCAGUCUCUCCUGAUUUUGAAAAACACUAACAUUACUAAUAACACGGCCAGUUUUAUGGUAGAUGGAAGCAGUAUUUAUGCUGCUGCCAACAGUCGAGUUGAGUUUAAUGGACCUACAACACUCAGUAACAAUCGGGGUAUGCUGGGAGGAGCCAUCAGCAUUGUUCAGAGUGAAAUAUAUAUUAACACAGAAGGAGUAAUCAUCACCAACAACACAGCCACCUCUGGAGGAGGGAUAUUUCUGAGAGAGAGUACACUCUUUGUAAAUGAGCCAAUAAAGAUCUAUCAAAACACAGCACACCAGGAUGGUGGAGGGAUUUAUGCAUAUUCAAGUACAAUUAUAUUUAACACUCCAAAUAAACAAAGUGAGAUUACUAACAACAAUGCCGAGAAUGGUGGAGGUAUUAAUGUAGUAGCAACAACCCUUAAUCUUACUCGAUCGUAUGUCAACAUCGACUCAAAUACAGCUAACGCUAAUGGAGGUGGAGUGUAUCUACAGCAAAGUUCGAAACUGUACCUAUUUAAAAAUGAUGAAGAAUAUCGGACUCAGGAUCAACAUGUCAAGUUAAUGAUUAACAACAACUCGGCUCAGUACGGAGGGGGAAUAUUUGUGGCAGAUGGCACAGAGAGUGGUGCCUGCAGAGUAGGGGCCACAGACACUGAUGCUCCUCACAUAAUUUUUGCUGACUGCUUCAUUCAAACAAUUAAAUUGUAUGAGUGGUCCAAGAAUAAUUCAAACUAUUUCAACACAUUCAUAACAAAUAACACGGCCCAGUCAGGAGCAAACAUCUAUGGAGGUCUGUUGGACAGGUGUACAAUAAGUAAAAAUGCUGAAUAUCCUCCUAUCCUUUCAAAUGGAUCUGGAUUGGACUACAUCCAUAACACUGUAAAAUCCUCCACAGCAUCAAUCUCCUCUAGGCCUAUUCAAGUCAUUUUUUGCAACAAUGAGUAUAAUUAUAUUUCUGUAAGAAAGGGACGCAAGUUUACAGUUAGUGUUAUGGCUGUUGACCAAGUUGGAAAUCCAAUGAAUGCCACAAUUCGCAGUUCUGUUGUUAGUGAGAGUGGAGUUGGUCGUCUUAAAGAAGGACAGGCUGAACAAGAAGUUGGCAAUCAGUGCACAGAAUUAGAGUACAAUGUAUUCUCACAAGACAGCUCUGCUCAAGUGGAACUCUAUGCUAAUGGUCCAUGCAUUAAUUUGGGAAUUUCCAAACAACUUAUUAAUAUUUCUUUUCAAAUCUGCUCAUGCCCUAUUGGACUCAAACCAGUUCAGUCCGAUAUCGAAUGCAAGUGUGACUGUGGUCUAGACUUGCAACGAAGAUAUCAGAUAACAAACUGUUUUGAGGAAAAUGGAGCCAUAACGCUGGAAAGAAAUAGCAAUACAUGGAUUGCAGUCAUAAAUACCACCAAUGAAACAGGGUAUGUUGUUAGCAGCUGUACACUUGACUAUUGCGUACAAAAACCAGUCAACAUCAGUCUAAGUAACCCUGAUGAACAGUGUGCCUACAAUCGAAGUGGUGUCUUGUGUGGAGAAUGUAAACCAGGACUCAGUUUUGUGCUCGCUACGUCAAACUGUAAGAAAUGCUCUGAUCUUUACCUUCUUCUACUAAUACCAUUUGCGCUGGCAGGCAUAUUGCUAGUUGCUUUAAUUCUCGUGCUCAACAUCACUAUAGCAACUGGAAAUAUUCAUGGCCUCAUAUUUUACGCCAACAUAGUAGCUGCUAAUAGAGCAAUUUUCUUCCCUAGUUUAAACAACUUUUUAACAAUUUUCGUAUCAUGGUUGAAUCUUGACUUGGGAAUUGAGGUAUGCUUUUAUGAUAUAAUGAACUCUCAAGAAAAAGUGCUCCUUCAACUUGUCUUUCCCGCUUACCUGUUUCUUCUUAUGUUUCUUCUUAUCAUUUUGAGCCAGUACUUUGACUCAUUUGCAAAGCUCCUCUCCAACAGGAACCCAGUUGCUGCCCUAGGCACACUCGUCCUACUGUCAUAUUCUAAACUCUUACAGUUUAUUAUUGCUGCACUACAGUACAGAGUCUUGGAUUAUCCUGAUGAUACAAGUGAUAUAGUUUGGGUGUACGACGGCAAUGUGCAAUAUUUCACUCACGAUCACAUCCCUCGGUUUGUUGCUGCAGCCAUUAUCCUCAUUGCCGGUGGAUUGUUUACUGUUCUACUUUUUUUUGGACAAUGGUUUCCUCGCUGUUCCAAGGUUAUGAUAUGGACUAAGAACACAAAAUACAUUGGCUUCAUGGACGCAUACCAUGCUCCAUUCACUCCCAAGCAUCGCUACUGGGUGGGACUGCUCCUCUUUGCUCUGAUUGCUCAUAAUCUAGUAGCUUCCAUGGCUCCAGACACUUUUCUUCCCGUGCUAUCAUCUGGGGCUGUAUCAGUUGGACUGAUCGGCUGGAAACUACUGAAUAAUCGUUUGUAUAAAAGUAAGUUCUGUGAUUCCCUCGAAAGUCUCUAUCUACUGAAUAUUGUUUGUCUAGCAUUUGGCACCUUAUAUGUCAAAGAUACAAAUAAAGAUCUGUCAGCACUAGCCAAUACUUCAAUAGCUAUAUCAUUCAUCUUAUUUGUGACAACCCUCUGCUACCAUUUUUACAAUUUCGUACUCAAGAAAAGCAAUACAUGGCUAAAGAUAGAAGAAACCAUAAGAAACUUACGAGCUGAUGCUGCAGACAUGAGACUCCGACGAGCUAACAAUGCCCAGGAAAUAUAUCAGCUGGUAGCCGAUGAAAAUGAUGAUGAUGAAUUACUCGAAGCAGUAGACAACUAUGAACAAAGAGACCCCUUGGAUCCACUUUACACUGAUGGAGCAGAGGAAGAAGCUGACCCUGACCGUUACAUCACUCCUCCCAUCAUCAGACCAGCCACGAGGCCAGAACAGCUGAGACUCUCCUACAUGGAUGAACUAGCCCCCCUCACCACAGAAGACUAUAGACAAGCCCUUCCCCCUCAAAAAGUCAACCAUCGUCCUGCUGUUACACACACAGAAAUCGGCCCUAUACGUAAUGAAGUGUGAACUCUCUUAUUUAGCUGAGGUACUUUUUUAUAACGUUCGUAGGCAUUAUUUCCAACAGUUGCUGUCGUUAGCAAUUGGUUAUGUUAAAGAAAGAGAGGGAGACAAUUAUAUAAUUAUAAUGAUUUGGGCUUAAUAUUUGAUUCCCAAAAUGUUGUGUAUAUUAUGCUGCCAUUGAUUACAUU